CAGGUGUGCUGGCCAUGGGCAACCUCAUCAAGGUACUGGGCAAAGAUUUCGAAAACUGUCCCCAUUUUUUCCUGGAUUUUGAAAGGUCAGAAACUGAGAUCCAGUAAGGGGCGAGUCAAUGCCAAGGUCAGGACUCAGGCCUCCCUCUAGCUUCCAUCUCAAGGCCUCAGAGCAGAGCCAUCCCAUUUCCACCGAUCUUGAUGCGCAGCCCACAGAAGCGGAGACAGCUGUGUGGAACCAGGUCAGCGCCGUCCUGGAGGAAGCCCAGGGCAUCUUGGCAGAACUGCAGUCCUAUACCGGAGCUGGCCAGGAGAUUCGGGAGGCCAUCCAAAACCCAACUGACCUUCCACUUCAGGAGAAGGCAUGGAAUGCAGUGUGCCCACUUGUGGUCAAGCUCAAACGCUUCUAUGAAUUCUCCCUUCGGUUGGAGAAUGCCCUGAGGAGCCUCCUGGAAGCCCUCACCAGCCCCCCUUAUGCCCCGACGCAGCACCUAGAGAGAGAGCAGGCCCUUGCCAAGCAGUUUGCUGAAAUCCUGCACUUCACGCUCAGCUUUGAUGAGCUCAAGAUGACGAACCCUGCCAUUCAGAAUGACUUCAGUUACUACAGAAGAACCAUCAGCCGAAACCGCAUUAAUAACUUACAGCUAGAUGCUGAGAGUGAAGUCAACAAUGAAAUGGCCAAUCGAAUGUCCCUCUUCUAUGCAGAAGCCACUCCCAUGCUCAAAACCCUAAGCAAUGCAACCACCAAGUUUGUAUCUGAGAACAAGACACUCCCCAUUGAGGACACUACAGACUGUCUUAGCACCAUGGCCUGUGUCUGCCGGGUGAUGUUGGAGACACCGGAGUACCGGAGCCGGUUCACCAGCACGGAGACUCUGCUGUUCUGUAUGCGUGUCAUGGUGGGCGUCAUUAUCCUCUACGACCAUGUGCACCCCGUGGGGGCCUUUGCCAAGACAUCCAAAAUUGACAUGAAAGGCUGUAUUAAAGUGCUAAAGGAUCAACCUUCCAACAGCACCGAGGGGCUUCUGAAUGCACUGAGGUACACCACCAGGCACCUGAAUGAUGACACCACCUCCAAACAGGUCCGAGCCCUGCUGCAGUGAGGCGCUCCCAGGGAAUAGGGUCCCGACUCCAAAGCUCCAGGCUCAACCUUGAACUUCAGCUGAAUUUUAAUGUUGCCAUAAUGUGAAUAUAAAAAAAAACAAAACCAUGACCAUAUUUCUCAUUUUAUAAAGAAAGGGAAAAGUUUUAAAAAAACAAACACAAAAACAGUUCCCCUACCACCCCCUCCAGCUUCUCUUGACCAUCUCCCCUCCUGCCUGUCUCCCCCAGUCUUGAUCCCACUGAACUCCAGGGGUGGACAGCUGGCCCUCACCCCUUUCUUCCCAUGAAGAUGACAUGACUAGUUUAUGCCUGCCUUUCCAGGAAACUGAGAUAUGGUUGUCUGCCAGCCUCCACUUGGCCUUUCCCAGUUCCUCCUGGACCCAUGAUGGUGACUCCCGUGUUAUAGAAAGCCUGGGUACUCUCUCAGAUCUGGACUGGUACUGUCUGGGCCCUGGGCAGUGGACCUAGCAGGACUCUGGCCUUGAAGCUUUGGGACUCUGAUCUGGGCUUGAGUUGAAGUGUUUGUGGGAGGGAAAAAACCUUCCUUAUUAAGACUGUGAGAUGUUCAUGUAAAUAAGGUAAGGGAGUCCUCAAUGGGGGUCAACCUAAAGAACAUAAAUAACCUUGUCUUUACAAACUCCCACCGGGACUCCAAGGGAAAUGGUUCAGCUACAUCUUUUAGAUUUUUAAUAUAAACUAUUAAAAUCACUCA